AUGAUUAUAGACGAAUUGGGGUAUGGAGAACGAGCAGGUGACAAGAUAAUGACUGGACAUCUGUUAUCAUCUUUGUUGGAUCAAGUGCUAGCUUACGUUGAGGAUGUUUUAGCCGAGAAGACCGAGCCGAACAACGCAGCUGGAAGGCAGCUGCUCGAGCUUCUCAAUUCUGUGCCUAACUUAUCUGCUGACACUUUUGCAGAUGCAUUUGCAUCCAGUGUUAAGGACUUGCUUAUGGUGGUGACCUUGGCUCAACUGAUCAAGACACAACUGCAGCUCAACGAGAAGCUGACGCUGUUGACAUCACAGUGA